AAGAAGUAAAAUUCAAAAGAAAAAAGAAAAGAAAGUUAUACACAAGAAAGAAAAGAUAAAGAGAAGAGAAAUGGGAAUGGUAUUAAGGCACCCUUUCUUCAUAUAUGUUCAUUUCCUCUCCUUACAAUAAGAAUCUUCCACCUUUUUUUUCUUUCUUUCUUUCUCUUCAGAAUUUAACAAAAGCUAAUUACAAUAAUAUUUUGUAAUCUUCUUCUCUUCUCUUCUCUUCUUUCUUUCACUGUUUUUCUUUGGUUCCAUAGCCAAACACUUUGUUUGCUGCCAUGUCUUUCAGAGGCUUCAGUCGGCCAAAUGCUUCAUCUGGAAUGGGAGUUGCUGAUCACAGCAAGAAUGCUUUCAUGGAAUUGCAAAGGAAGAAGGUUCACCGCUAUGUGAUCUUUAAGGUUGAUGAGAAGAAAAGGGAAAUUUUGGUUGAUAAGACUGGUGGCCCAGCUGAGAACUAUGAUGAUUUCACUGCAGCUUUACCUGAGAAUGAUUGUAGAUAUGCUGUUUAUGACUAUGAUUUUGUCACCUCUGAUAACUGUCAAAAGAGCAAGAUUUUCUUCAUUGCAUGGUCUCCUUCAACUGCUCGAAUUCGCUCGAAGAUGCUCUAUGCCACAUCCAAAGACAGGUUUCGAAGAGAGCUGGAAGGCAUUCACUACGAGAUUCAGGCUACCGAUCCAACAGAGAUGGAUCUUGAAGUAAUCAAAGAGCGAGCGAACUGAGCUUAAUUUACUCUCACUUUCAAGCGUUGGAUUCUCUAUUUUCUGUCAGUUAAUGCUCUCAGCAGCUGCCAUAAUCAAAUACAACACCUUCUAACUUGUAAUUUUGCCAAUCUGAUGAAUAAACUGGCAAUGUUGGUGGGGUGUGAAAA